GCAAACACUAUAGUCAUUCAUGUAUUAGCAGAAAAUCCAUAUGCUGAGUAUAUGGGUGAUAUUAAUUGUAAGUAUUGUUAAACAAAAGAUAAAAAAGGUUGUUUAUACAAUUAGAAGGAUAAUCAAUACUAAACUGAAUCAUAAGCUACAAGAUUAGAAAUUAAAACAGGUACAUAUGAAAAAUAAGUAUCACUAUCUAAAAUUUUUAGUUAAUUAACAAUAUUCUUAAAGGUUUAAGUAGAGUAAUUACUGUCCUAAUAAGUGGAAGACCAAUGCUUAUAGAGGAUCCAUUAACUUUUAGUGAUGCUUUUAUAGCAGCUUGGCUUCCAGGUACUACAGGUGGUGAAGCUAUUGUAAAGUCGAUUUUUGGUGAAUAUGGAUUUGGAGGAACAAAUAACUCCUUCAAUAAAUUACCAUCCCCUUGGAUUUCUACUUUAGAUUCUAUUAAAGAUUAUCCAAAGUAUGAUUCUGCUACUACACCUAAAAUUGAAGAUCCUAGAUUUAAUACAGGAUUUGGACUUGAAACAACUUCAAUGAAUUAUUCAAAUUUAGAAUGA